AUGGAAUCUAAAAAAUUAUUGAAAAGUUGUUUAAUCUACAUUAGAACGGAUUCAUUUUAAUGUUUAUUUAUCUUAAGGAUAACAGCAUCUGUAUGCAAAGUGAUAUUUAGUUUCCAUAUGAGAAAAGAGUAAAGGUUUAUGAACUAUGAUACUUAGAAGUAAUUUUUAGAUAUUUGUGAUAAAAUUAGAUUAGAAAUGGAAAUAGAGAAAAAUGAUUUAAUUUAAAUAUAAUUGGAACUCUACCUUUUUCUAACAUAAACUUCUUAUCAAAUGGCCCCAAAUAAUGGUAAAAAAAGGGAUGUUAUUUUAAAGGUUGUUAAAUGUGUUGAUUUGUUAAUAUCAUUGUAUGAGGGAGUCGUUCUGCUAUAAAAUAAUAAUGCUGUUUAGAAAAAUAGAAAAUAAUAUGAAGAUUAUUUUUAAAUAGAUAUGUUGCAAUGGGAGAUCAUAAAUAAUUUGAAAAAUGACAGAUAGAAUUUGAAAGAAAUUCUAUUGCAAAUUGAAAAAAUACAUGAAUAUCCUGUGAAAAAUUCAAGUAAUUGGAAAAUUCAUUUUUUGUGGAAUUAAAUGAUUGGAAAAAUCAUAACUUAUCAUCCUCUUUUCACAAAAAAAAAAUUAAACCAGCUUACUAGACCCUUCAAUUUUGAAGCCAAAUCAAAUUACAUGUGGAAGGAAUAUCAGAAUAAAGGGUUUUUAAUGUAAUUGAAUCAUAGCAGUGACUAAGCUUUGGUUUUGCUUAAUAAAUUUAAAAAUAAAGAAUUAACUUAAAUUGAUAAAUUAAUAUUAUAAGAAACUUUCAUAGAAUGGGAAAAUCUAGUGUUGCUUAAAGACUUUUUAAUGAAUGAAAAAACUGAUGAUAUCUAUUUCACAUUUUGUUCUUAUUUAACAAAACCCUAAAAAAAUGAAUAUAUUUAGACAGUUUGCAACAUUCAACCAUUUCUUGAUUUAAUCAUUUCUAAUAAAUUGCUAACUUUAAUUCAGGAAAAUUAUGAGAAUUAUCAAAAUUUUGUCAAAUAAAAUACUUAUUUUAAUACCACAAUAGAAAAAGCCAAGCAAAAUUCAUAAUUAAAAAAAAUAAAUCUCAACUUCUAAGAAUUUUUCCAAAACUCACUAACCAUCAUUAAAAUUAUAAGGCUUAGUAAAUAAUAAAAUUUUUAGUUAGAAUAAUUUGAAUAGUAAAAGAAGAAUGAAUUUUAAAUUUUUCAAUAGCUUAAAUACAAUAUGAAAAAUUAAAAGAAAUUUAAAAGCAAUAGGUUUCAUUUUAAUUUCUACACUAUUAAAGAUUGA